AUGGCUUACGACCGCUAUGUUGCCAUCUGCAAGCCCCUGCACUACGGGAGCCUCCUGGGCAGCAGAGCUUGUGCCCAGAUGGCAGCAGCUGCCUGGGGCAGUGGCUUUCUCAAUGCUGCCCUGCACACAGACAACACAUUUUCCCUGCCCCUCUGCCAUGGCAAUGCUGUGGACCAGUUCUUCUGUGAAAUCCCCCAGAUCCUCAAGCUCUCCUGCUCAAAUGCCUACCUCAGGGAAGUUGGGGCAGUUCUGUUUAGUGUUUCUUUAGUCCUUGGUUGUUUUGUUUUCAUUGUUUUCUCCUACAUGCAGAUCUUCAGGGAAGUGCUGAGGAUGCCCUCUGAGCAGGCUCGGCACAAAGCCUUUUCCACAUGCCUCCCUCACUUGGCUGUGGUCUCCCUGUUUCUUAGCACUGGCAUAUUUUCCUACCUGAGGCCCCCCUCCAUUUCCUCUCCAUCCCUGGACCUGGUCGUUGCACUUCUGUACUCGGUGGUGCCGCCAGCAGUGAACCCCCUCAUCUACAGCAUGAGGAACAAGGAUCUCAAGGAUGCAGUGAGGAAACUGUUUCCAUACACGAUUCUUAAGCAUCCAUGA